AUGAAAAAAUGGGGAGACACUUUCAACAAUGACCUUGAACUCAUACAAGCCGAAGCUUCUUCAAUUGAUGCAAACACGGGUGAAGAAGUGACGUAUGGAAAAAUUUUUAAUGAAAGCGUACGAUGUGGAAUUUGGUUGAGAAAAAAUGGUUUACGUUCUAAUGAUGUCGUAUUUACUUGUUGUCAUAAUCGAAUAGACUCUUGCAUUCCAAUUUUGGGAACAUUCUACAAUGGUGCUACUUUUGCUAUUGGACACAAAGGAAUUUUUCCUCAAAGAACUAGAUAUCUCUUUAAAUUGUUGAAGCCAAAAUUUAUAUUCACCGAGGAGGAGGAAUUGAAAUUAUUUGUCGAAAUCGCUAAGGAAGAAAAUUUAAAUGUAAAGAUUGUAACAUUUACUAAAGUAUCAGACAACUUCUUUUUGAAAGAUAUUCUCAAUGAAUCGACAUCGAAUGAAGUGAAUGAAUUUUUUUCCAAGCCGCCAUCAAAUCCGAAUAAUGAUUGUAUCAUGUCAUUAACGUCCGGUACAACAGGUGAUUCAAAAAUUCUUUCACACUCCUAUAAGGCAAUUAUGGAAGGUCUUCUAGUAUUCAAUAGCAAUGAAGAUAAGAAAAAUGGUGUGUCACUCAUUUGUUUGCCUCUUUAUUGGAUGGCCGCCCUUAGGGUGAUGCUGAGUGAGAUUUUAAAUUUUACAACAACAAUUGUUGUCAGUGAAGUAAACCACAAUUUAGAUGAGGCUUUUCAAUUGAUCGAAAAAUAUAAGGUGACAAAAGUGCGAUUUUCUCUUGGCAUUAUGUAUAGGAUUUUCAAAUGGAAGAAACUAGAGACAUAUGACACAUCAACACUGAAAAUAUUGACAUUCAGUGGUGUUAAAUUACCACCGGAAAUGAUUCAAAUUUUGAUGAAAGUUGUGAAGAAUGGAGUUGUCGAACAAACAUAUGGUGCAACUGAAAUGUCAAUACCAAUGUGUCGUGGAAUAAUGAAUAAAAUCGAUAUAAACUCUUGCGGUUCUUUGUAUCCGAAUAUGUCAAUGAAAGUUAUUGACGUUAAAUCGAGUGAAAAUUUAGGACCAAAAGAAGCGGGUGAAAUUUGCUUUAAAUCACCCUACUUAAUGAAAGGGUACUUUAAAAAUCCAGCAGCUACUGCAGAGGCUAUCGAUUCUGAAGGAUGGUACCAUACAGGAGAUUUAGGCUACUUUGACGAAAAUGGAUUAGUAUUUUUUCAAGGAAGAGUCAAAGGUUGUACUGUAUUAUCAAACGGAAAUAUUGUUCCUCUAUGGUGUUUUGAGCGUGCAUUGUUUUGUAAUGCGGAAGUUUUGGAAACUUGCGUUUUCUCUAACGGAGAUGACAGUUUGGGCACUUUCAAAAUUUUCGCAUUUGUUGCCCUUCUUCCAAAUGCGCAGAUAACGGAAAAUGAACUUGUCGAAAUUGCUCAAAAUUGCAGUGAUGUCAAAUUACCGAUUACUGUGAAAAUUGUUGAUUCAAUACCAAAGACAUCUAAUGGAAAAUUUCAAAUAGAUGUAAGUGUUUUUCUAACAAUAAGUACUAUAUUUUGUUUUGGUUUAUUAUUCCUCUUACAAAAGCAUUCUUCUCUUAUAUUCGCACUUGAAUACACUGCGAUUUUGAAUUUUCCUACAAUUUUCUUCAGUAUUAACAUCUUCCUGAAGAGAAGACAAUUAUAUAUAUUAUAUCCCUUUUUUCGAAAGUGAAAGUAAUAUUUAUCUGUGAUAAAAAGUUAUUCCGCAAUUAAUUACAAAGGAAAAAUUCUAUAAAAUGGGAAAAAAAGUAGACGUUGAUGCUGGCGACGCUGAUUUGGGGAAAAUGUUUUUGGAUGCACUGAGAAGCAAACCUGAGUUUUUGGGACAG